AUGGCGCGCACCCAUGAACGUCCACAGAGCCCCGAGCCGCUCUCCGAUCCCGAGGCGGAACCCUCCCUCCUAAAACGCAUGAAAGUGAGCCACAUAUCCAACCCGGACGCGUUCGCGGAGCACUUUGCCACCGAUCUCUUCGCCCCGAGCAACAUUCACCGCCUGCACUCCGAGUACGACCAAUCGACACCGUACAAGCACGCCGUCGUCGAGAAGCUCGUCCAGGACGACCUUCUCCAGCGCGUCAAGGACGAGGCACUCGAGCAGCUCAGCUUCUCCGAGAAGGAGACAGACAUCUACAAGGUCAAGCAGACCGGCGACCUCGCCUCCCUCUCCUUCCUCACCGACGACCAGCGCGCCCUCCUCCCCAACCUCCUCACCUUCCGCGAUGCCCUCUACUCGCCAAAAUUCCGCGCCUUCGUGCGCGCCGUCACAGGCUGCGGGCCCCUCUCGGGCACCAAGCAGGACAUGUCCGUCGUCUCGUACUCUAAAUCGUGUCACCUCCUCAAUCAUGACGACGUGAUCGGCACCCGCCGCAUCUCGUACAUCCUCUAUAUGCCUCUCCCGCAUUACAUGGGCUGGCAGCCCGAGUGGGGCGGUGCGCUGGAGCUGUAUCCCACGAAGCUUGGCCCGGACGGUGUCCUGGAGCCCGAGUCGGUCCCUAGCAAAAGCAUUCCUCCGAGCUGGAACCAGUUUAUCUUCUUUGAGGUGAAACCCGGCAGUACCUUUCACUCUGUCGAGGAGGUCGUCGUCGGCGAGCGGGAAGACGGCCGUGAGCGCUUGAGCAUAUCUGGUUGGUUCCAUUCACCGCAGCCGGGCGAGGAGGGCUACCAGCCAGAGAGCAAUCCGCCUGAACUCAAGAGCUCGCGAGAGCAACUUGCAUUUUCCUCUACUGAAUUCAAAUCGUAUCCAGAGUCGUUGGAGCCACCACUACCUGACGAGCCGCUUUCAGAGACCGAUAAAUCUUUCUUGGAAGAGUAUCUCAAUCCCGUCUAUCUACAAGCACGAACGAUGAAGGCCCUCGCUUCUCGUUUCGUCGAAGAGUCCUCCCUCGAGCUUCACGAACUCCUCUGCACCCCGCUCGCAUCUAAGCUCGAGACGGGCCUUCGAAAUGAAGACGCUGCCGACGGGCUCGGCUUGGAGCGGCCUCAUCCCAUCCCGCCUCACACCGUGGGCACCGCGGGCGCGUGGACAAUCAAGGGGCCACCGCACAAGUGGAGGUAUUGCACGCUUGGGCACGAACGGAACGGUGCGAUCAGCAGAGCUGACCCGCGAUGGGCACAGAGCUCGCCGGACGAGAUCGUGCGCGCGCUGCAAGACGAGCUGUUCCCGAGCCCGUCGUUCCGCCGGUGGCUCGCGAUCAUCUCACGUUUGCUGCCGUUGCGGUACGCGGUGGAGGCGCGCCGCUUUAGGCCCGGCCUUGACUACACGCUCGCCACGGGAGAGACGAAGGACGCGAGGCUGGACGUCGUGAUCGGGCUCACGCCGCAGGUGAAGGGUGAGAAGGUACAAGAUGAAGAGGAGGACGAGGAGGACGAACUGCCCGGGUGGCAGAGUGGCGAAUGGGGUGGCUGGGAGUGCUACAUGGCUCCGCAUGAAGGGGAGGGUGACCCGGCUGUGUACGGAUCCAGUUCAGGUGCGACCAACGCGAAGGCGAGCGAGGUUGGCUCGAGUAGGAAGCAGUCGCCCAUGGGCGAGGGAUCGAGCCCGAUGCUGGAAGACGCAGAUGAGGAUGACGAAGAUAAUGGAACUCUUCUUACGGUGCAGCCCGGAUUUAACCGGUUGCUGCUCGUGCUACGGGACGAGGGCGUGAUGCACUUUGUCAAGUAUGUAUCUGCGGCGGCGCAGGGUUCGCGGUGGGAUGUAUGCGGGGAGUUCGAGAUCGGGAUGAUCGAAGAGGAGACGGAUGACUAA